AUGGUCAAAAGGCUGCUCAUCAAGAAGCUACACCUGCCGUCUGGGACCGGUGUUAGCGACCUACGCAUCCUAUACAAGGGCGUGGAGCUCCCGAACUACCGUACCAUGGAGACUUACAUGGGCAAGGGUGAGAACGACCACCGGCUCUUCUGGUCCAUGCGCGAGAGCAACCCGAGUGCGGGCAUUCGCCGGGCGGGGAUCAAGACCACGACCCACAUGCAGAGCAUAAUCAACGAAAUCGCACUAUCACUAAAGAACAACAUCAAACCGAAGCUCACUAUGGACGGCACAGGGGGCACCUAUAUGAUGUACAACAAGCAGCGUGUCUGUUGUGCAGUUUUCAAGCCCAUAGACGAGGAAGCCUUUGCGCCUUGCAACCCGCGCGGCUACGAGGGGAAGCUUAACCAGCAAGGAUUUCGGUCAGGCGUGCUGUCUGGAGAGGGCGCCAGCCGUGAGGUGGCGGCGUACCUGCUGGACUCUGCAUACGGGGGAGCGUGCGGGGUGCCCGACACGACCAUGGUGGAAGCGAGUCAUCCGGCGUUCCACAACUCCUGUGAUGAGAAGUUCAUUAAGGACGUGGGAUCUGGUUUGAAGUGGAAAUCGGGGUCCCUGCAGGAGUUUAUUGACUGCAAGGAAUCAAGCGGCAACUACAACCCUAGUCUGUUCCCGGUAACAGACGUACAUCGCAUUGGAAUUUUGGACCUACGUGUGGUCAACCUCGACCGAAACGACGGAAACAUCCUGGUGAUGGAUUUGAGGCAGCGCAGUCACGACGGGCAGACGCUACCGUCGGGGGCGCCGCGCUACAAGCUGAUACCGAUAGAUCAUGGACUGAUAUUGCCCGAUGUGGUGGAUGUGGCUGACAUGGAUCUGGUGUGGUUCGACUGGCCCCAGACGGAGAUACCGUUCGCGAAAAACGAACUCAAGCUCAUCUUCGCAUACGACCCGGACAAAGAUGCCGAGAGGCUGCGAAAACGGCUCCUUAUUCGACCCGAAUGCCUGCGUACGAUGCGGGUGUCGGUGAGGCUGCUGCAGAUAGGCGCGCUCAUGCACCUCAACCUCAAACAAAUCGCAAGGAUCGUCUGCAGGAGCGACAUGGACACUCCCUCAGACCUGGAGACCAUGAUCAAGAAGGCCGUGGAACAGGCGUACAAGGCCACGGAAGCGACAUCGGUCAUCAGUACUCGGCGUUUGGGUGCGACUAUGGACCUCUUCAGCCACUCGGUGCGCUUCGAGUCGUGCGUGGAUGAUACCGAGCCGGGCGAACGGGCGGACGAGAGCCAAUUCGCGGAUGACAGCUCGAGCUCCGAAUCGUCGGUGGCGUCAUCGCACGAGGCUUACUCGACCCCGCAAGACGAGCUAUCGAGCUCAUCCAACACGGUGCACACCGCAUCGCAUGAGCUCAAGUACCGCGACAUCGUCAGGACCACUUACCGCAGGCGGCGGCCUGUGGAGGAGGAACGCUCGAUAUGGGUGCUCGAAGACGCCAAGGGUAGGCCAAUACACUUCGACUGGGAUGACCAGUUCGACCGGACGUUCUACUCGCUGGUGGUCAGGAUGUUCACCUGUUACAUACAGCAGCACCACCCCAACUGGAACUCGUACCCAUACAACGGCGACGGUGACGAAAGGUUCACAUGGGCCGCGCGGAACAACUUCACACCGCCACACACAGACCGUUGGUUGCAAAGCAGCAGGCCUCAAAGGGGCUGA